CCCCUCUCUAACCUCCGCGCGCCAGGUACCGAGUGUGUCAUUGCCACCACCGAAAGUGGACUUUUUUUCUCGGCUGCAUCAGAACCGAUUUGCUGUUGGUACCGUCACGGCUUGGAUGCCCACUUUCACAACUCUGUACGAUGCAACGCACCGCAAGUUCGUCAUAGAUCCCAGUCAUGGCUGCCGACGACCGCAUACAGACGUCGCUGAGCAGGGCAGAUGAGGCCCAAGAUCUCAUCAACGCUGUCAGCAAACUGCUCAUCGGCUUCAUUCGCACAGCCGACGAAUCCGCACCUAGCAGGGCUGAGGGCCGGCCCACGGAUGCCGGAGAGCGCAACACGCUUGUACAGCUGCACAAGCCGAGUGAGCUGCUGGAGAAGUUGGCCUUCUCUCUUCCAACAGGGAAUGGCGUGGGGAAGGAUGGACUGCUGGAGACCAUCGGCAGUGUGCUCGAGUACAGCGUGAACACCUGGGACCAGGGUUUCAUGGACAAGCUGUACUCGAGUACGAAUCCUGUCGGAGUUGUCUCUGAGCUUGUUCUCGCAGUGCUCAACACAAAUGCUCAUGUAUACAACGUCUCCCCGACUCUGACGUUGAUAGAGAAGACGACAGCCAGACAACUCGCCAAGUUGUUUGGAUUCGAGGGACCUCGAGCAGGGGGCGUAACAUGCCAAGGAGGAAGCUCAUCAAACCUCACAUCCCUGAUCAUUGCUCGCAACGCGCUCUACCCGGAGACCAAAGCCGGCGGCAACGUGGCAAGCGGCCAGCUCUUCGCCAUCUUCACCAGCGCGCACGGGCACUACUCUGUCGAAAAGGCCGCGACGAUAGCCGGCUUCGGGGCAGCUGCGGUGUUCAAAGUCCCCGUCGACGCCGAGGGCCGCAUGGGCCCCGCGAGCCUGCGGGAGAAAGUCCUGGAGGCGAAGAGGCAGGGCAGGACACCGCUCUACGUCAACGCGACCGCGGGCACCACCGUGCUGGGCAGCUACGACCCCUUUGUCCUGAUCGCGGCCGUAUGCAGGGAGUUUGGCAUGUGGCUGCACAUUGACGGAAGCUGGGGAGGCUCGGCCAUCUUCUCUGCAAAGUACCGCAGGCGGCUGGAGGGAACCAAGUACGCGGACAGCGUGACGGUCAACCCACACAAGAUGAUGAAUGUGCCGUUGACCUGUUCGUUCCUGCUAACGAACGACCUCGCUGUUUUCAAAAAGGCCAACACGCUGCCUGCCGGGUACCUCUUCCAUGGGGAUGAUGAUGAUGACGAGGAGGACGGAGGGUCAGAAGUGGAGCAGCAGGACACAUACUGGGACCUGGCGGACUUGACCCUCCAGUGUGGCCGGCGCGCCGACAGCUUCAAGCUCGCCAUGGCGUGGGUGUACUACGGCGCGGCUGGCUUUGAGCAGCAGGUCGACCAUGCCUUUGAGAUGGCGCAGUAUCUAGCUGAUCUCGUGAAAGCGGCGCCAGACUUCAGGCUCGUGUCGAGAGAUCCGCCCCCUUGUCUGCAGGUCUGCUUUUACUAUACCCCAGGCGGCGUGUUGUUGGGCGAGCGUCACGCAGAUAAUACAACCUCGGUAGCAACUGAGAGCAGCGAUGAGCUGGAGAGGGCUAGCAAGGAGAACUCACGCCGCACCGCGGCCAUGGUUAAGAAGCUCGUCUCGAGAGGUUUUAUGAUCGAUUACGCUCCAGGGCCUUAUGGUCAAUUCUUUAGAGCGGUGGUCAAUUGCCAGACGCUCAAGAGCACUGUCGACGGUUUGCUCAAGAGCCUGAGUGAUAUUGGGCCAGACGUCGUGGGGCAACAGGCCAACAGCGUCCCAACCCCUUGAUAAGAGGCGAGAGACAUAACUAGUAUAUACGGCUAUUACAAUAGAUAAAGGCCAGACAUCAAGCUAAAUCUUUCGUCUGUCGUGUCACCCUCUGGUGGCUAGCCCGAAAUAUGCAAAGCAAUUAUUCCCGGGACGUGCCUCUGAACCCAGGUGGAUCGUACUGCUCACAACUGAGAAAACGAGGCGAAGAGGGGACCAAGAGGCAAGAAGGAGGAGUUCCAGGUACUCAGAGCACUGCUGGUAAUCUUGAAAUCAUGAAGAAAUCUAC